ACCGGAAUGGUGAAAACGGUGUAGAGCGCAUGCGCCUCAUUUCAGUUCCGCUUGCUUUAUCGAUUUGCCUGACGUUGGUGCUCACACCUUCAGCAUAAGUGCGACAUUGCGGUCAUAUUGUUCGGAGUUCCGUACAAGCGCAUCGCAUCCCAAGUAUCCCAAUUGUUGCCCAGACUGCUGGUGCUGGUGCUGCGUUCUGAUCAGUGUUCAGUGCUUUCAAAAAGGAUUCAACAAUGCUACGCAUUGAAUACUGGGUGCCACAAGCAUUAUUCGUUCACUAGUUUGAAGGUGUAACAAAACUCGGUACCGAGGUGGGACGUUAGUGUCGACGUUUGCUAAAAAAACACUUCGUAGGACAACUCCUUUCAAGCGAGUGUGUAGGCGCGCGCGUGCAUUUAUUUCCUCCGUGUCCGCGUGUGAGUGUGUUUGUGCGUUGGAGGGUGUUUUUGUGUGCUUCAGUGUGUGCCCGGAAGAGAUCCCACUGCUGGCUGGAUUUUUAAGCAAAUUGUGUAAUCUCUGCCUGUAAGUUCAGUGAAGUGUCUCCGUGUGGUUGUGUGGGUGGAGUUUGUAUUCCUGUCUGAAUCCUGUCUCACGUCGGCACAACGGUGGAGUCCGGAAUCAUCAACAAGAUGGGCGACCACGGCCCGGACAUGAACACGCUGGAAACUGAUUACGUUGUGCUCAUUUCAGUGGUGCCAGCCGUGCUCGGGCUCACCGCAGCCGCCAUACUGGCCGUGACGGCCUGCUUCUGUGCCCGGCGCUUCCGCCGCCAGCACAAGAAGGCGGGCCACGAGGCGUCCUCGCUGCCGUUCCAGCCACCGCGGCCACCGAAAGCGGUCCGCUCGCCGAGCGGCCAGCCGCCCCAGUAUCUGAAGAAAUCACCGUCGCCGACCAGCAUCAAGCCGCUGCCGGGCCACCUGCCCGCCCAGUCACCGACCGACCAGACGACGGCCGCCGGCGGAACGACCGCAGCAACGACGACGACCACGCUGGCCACAACCACCACCACCACCAGCAUCGUGCCACCGACCAAGUACACCGAGGAGAACGAGCUGAUACCGAAGAAUGCGCAGCUGGAACCGAAAUCACCGGACGUGUCGGAGCUGGGCGAUCCGAGCGCGUGCGAGAACGGGGACGGCACCGAGCACGGCAAGCUCGGUACGAUCGUGUUCAAGCUACGCUUUCUGGCCGACCGGAGCGCGCUGGUCGUGUCGGUGGUGCGGUGCCGCGGUCUGCCCGGCAAGAACCACGGUACGGCGGCGGCCGAACUGAGCACGAUCGGGGGCGGCACGAUGCUGUGCAACGGGAGCGCCAACGGCAAGCAGACGGCCACCGAUCCGUACGUGAAGCUGCAGCUGCUGCCCGACAAGCAGCACAAGGUGAAAACUCGAGUGCUACGCAACACGCGCAACCCGGUGUAUGAUGAGGACUUUACCUUCUACGGACUGACGCUGAGCGAGCUGGCCGGCAUGUCGCUGCACUUCGUGGUGCUGAGCUUCGAUCGCUACAGCCGGGACGACGUUAUUGGUGAGGUUGUCUGCCCGCUGUCCGGUAUCGACCUGCAGCAGAUCGAGAACCAGCAGGUAGCGCUGAGCCGCGAGAUUCAACCGCGCAGUCUGAAGAUCCGGGCGCAGGGCCGUGGCGAGCUGCUGAUUUCGCUCUGCUGGCAGCCGGCCGCCGCCCGGCUGACCGUCGUACUGCUGAAGGCACGCAACCUGCCGCGCAUGGAUGUGACCGGGCUGGCCGACCCGUACGUCAAGAUCUACCUGCUGUACAAUGGGCAGCGCAUCGCGAAGAAGAAGACGCACGUGAAGAAGCGCACGCUCAGCCCGGUGUUUAACGAAAGCUUCGCGUUCGACAUACCGACGACCGAGGGGGCCGGCGGCGCCACGCUGGACGGUGUUUCGCUUGAGCUGAUGCUGCUGGACUGGGACCGGGUCACCAAGAACGAGGUGAUCGGGCGCCUCGAGCUGGGCGGACCGCGCAGCAACGGUUCCGCUCUGAACCACUGGAAGGAGGUGUGCAACUCACCGCGCCGCCAGAUUGCCGAUUGGCACAAGCUGCGGGAAUAGGUGGCCAGCGGGCGCUAUGAGCAUGCAAAAGGCAGCGGAAAGUUACCGCAAACAGUCAUCUUGUUUCCGUAAAACACUCUUCGAUCCACCUUGUUAUAUGACUUUGACCAGGCCCUCUCUUUUCUCCCCCCCCAAUGACUAAAUGUGACCCCUGAAAUGAACUGAGCAUUCUUGAGCAGACGAUAGACAAUGUGUAGAAGCAUCACGCUAUGCCCUUAUUCACAAGAACUCAUCAUAGGCCAGGCACGUUUGUUGCGGCAAACAUAUGAAUCACGUCAAAUUAACACAUUUCAUCUGGUAACGAAUCUACACCCCUACAAUAGUUAUGAAGCCCACUAUCUGUGCAUCUGUAGUUUGUAGCGCCAGGCUUUCUGCGUGGGGGUUUUCUAGUGCAUCCACAUCACACCACCACCACCACCACCAUCAAUUUUUAUCACUAGGAAGGAGCUUAGAAAUGGAGAUGGAUAUAACGGGACAGAGAUUUAUCGAUAUACAUAUAUACAAGCCAACUGAUACCCUCUAUAUCCGAUGACGAUGCACGUAUAUCCAUGCUGAGGGCAUACAUCUAAAGUACAGGAAUCGCUAUUCCCAUGGUCUUGCUGAGAUCUUGCUGAGUACAACUGAACUAGAAGUUGAAUUUGCACCCACUUUUCCGAACCGAUCACUCUCCUCGCUUCUGCCGAGAAAAAAGGGGGUUAGCAAAAUUAGACACGAGAGACAUAACAUUGAUCGAAUCCAAUGCACACCGAUUGCGUCCACCGAUGCAUCAUCACUUGCACCCGUUGCUACUACGUUCACGUGUGCUUCUGUGUAGUUCUCGCACUUGGUGCCGUAGUGUUGUGAAGCAAAGAGCGAGAGAACGGGGGAGAGAAAGCCAUGCUACUACUAAAUAGGCAUAACAUUUUGGAAACUACCCAAACACACCCACUCAACAUAUAUUUACUCGCUACGCGUAGAUGAUGAUAGACAGUAACAACAGGCAAACAUAAGCAA